UAUCCCGCUGCAGUGAAAAAAAAGAAAAAAUUCCUAAUUUUUUUUCACACAAAAUUCGAUGCGCGUUUUGUUGAAAAAUCCGAAAAUUCCAAUAAGAAACAAAUAAAUAUACAAGUCAUAAAUAUUUUAGUUACAAUCCUAACAAUAUCCGCCAUUAUUUAAAAUAACAAAAAUACUAUGAAGUUCUUUAGAAAGAUUGUUUUGAUGUAAGAAAAAAAUACUUUUUCUUAUCGGACUCUGCCGCCAAAUACUGAAGCGCACCUCUACGCUAAAAUUCUGUGAGACAAUUCAUUUGCUUUGAUUUGGGGGAAACAAAACAAAAAUAAAAUUCAAUUUAUUUUUGUUUUCUUUUUUUUUUUGGAUAGUUUUAAUUAAAUUUUUCAUGAAAUAAUGUCUCGUUUGAGAAAUAACGAAGAUCUGUUAACAGAGACUCCAAGUAGUGUCUUGGUAAUCUCUGAUAGCGACGACAGUGGCGAUGAAUUAACUGGCUUUUCAAGUCCAAAGAAAAGAUUAGCCACUGUCGUCGACGAUGUCGCCGCCGUCGACAACCAACCAACAAAAAUGGAACCGCCAUUGGCAAAGAAAAAACUCAAAAUUGACGGUGAGCCAAAUGAAGAGCCACCAAUUGACAUUGAUUCUGUGUCAACAAAUCCAAUGAGAACUAGAACAAAAGUCUCUAGUGAUACAUCUAGCAAAUUCCCAGUUUCGUCGCCAUCGGACACAGUUCCUUUGGCAGGCCAUCGUAAAAAAUAUGUAAAGAACACCCUGCCAGCAGGAGCCGAAUGGCGAAUGCUGCAGGAAAUCGCUCUUGGUCAUCCGGCGAUUACUUAUCGUGAAAAACUAGCUCAUUGGGUUUGUCGCGAUGAACUGAGCGAUGUCGAAGAUGUGAAUAACUUCGAUGCCCAGUUUCAAAAACGCGAACAAUUCUAUGCGAGAAGUUUGUCUGGGAGACGAAGUGUUGGCAAAGAUUCUCCAUACCCCAAUUACAACUAUAAUCACUUUCGUUCGGUGAUUCUUGAGACUUUUAGAACAAGUCCUGUUGGUUCGUCACAAGAAUCUGCAAGAAAGUCCUCUCAAUCGCAACAGCAACAACCUUCUUGCUCGCGAGAAGCUCCAAGUAAUGUAGAACCAUCUGUUUCUCUAAAACCAGACUCUAAUAAUGUAACCAUUUAUGAAAAAAUACUCUGCCCAAGUAGCGAGAGUAGCGCUACAAAAGCUUCUCCAUCGAUUCGCCUCCAUUGGACUGAUGAUGAGUCGGUUUUUAGGUGUAAUCGUCUAAAUCCCGACAUUGACAAGUAUUCGCAGUUGAUUAAGGUCCGAAUUGAUUAUAAUAAGCAAAUCGAUUUUAAGGCGAAGAUAAAUGAGAUCUUUAAAACGCCUACAGUGCCUAUGAAAUAUAAUUCGCCGCCCAUAGAGUUAGUGGCGGGGAAGAGUAAUGAUGAUGAAACAAAAUCAUUGGAAGAGCAGCAAAUUGAUGAAAUAACACCCGAAAGAAAAAUCCAAACAAGAAGAAGCACUGAAGGCAAAAGUGUGGAGAGUCGACGUAGUUCGGAGAGAAAAAGUUCAGAACGAAGAAGUUCGGAUAGAAGAAGCUCAGAUCGAAGAAGUAAUGAACGACAAAGUUCGGAACGAUUUCCAGAAGUAAAUUGUUUUCAGCAGGAUGAGUUUUGUAAUUAUCUUGGAUUGGGUAUGAAUGGAAAGGUUUACAGUCCUACACCGACGGAUAAUAAGCGGCGAUCGUUGAGGGUGAAGCGAUUGCUGGUGCAGACUGAGUCGAUGGAUAAGAAGAAAAGUGAAAAGAAGAAGGAGCUUAAUAAGAAGAAAAAGAAUAACAAUGCUUUGGAUCAAGAGGAAAAGGAGAAGGAGGAUGUUAAACAGGAGCCGACGAAUGAAGAGCAUCAAAAUGUGACCAACACAGAGGUUAAUGAAAUUAGAUGUUCCCUCCCUGAAGACACAAACAGCAAACCCAUCGAGGAACCAGUCAUACCAAAAUCUCCCGAACCGAUACCGACAGCAAAUCUUAUUGUUACCAAAACGCCCGAGAUCAAAAUAAUCACUCAACUGCGUAACACUGCAACACCCACACGCAAUACACCGUCAUCGGUGACGACAGCAAAUUCCACACCACCACCUACAACCACCCGCCGUCAACGACGCACCCGAGCAACAUCGAAUGGCACCUCAACUUGUCCACGUUCUUCGCAAAGUGACGAAUCCCCAGAAAAAUCAGCACCACGACGACGUCGCUUAAACCAUCAUUCCCAUCCUGAUGAUCACGCAAGUGACUUUUUAAGUGAAUCACUUCAAAGUGAUCCUUCUCCGCCAAAUGUUGGUGAUCGAUCACCACAGCACAAUGGUCGCACUUCAACAGUUCCCUCAUCCGAAGAUAAAAAGGAUGAACAUAAACUCUCGAUAGAAACUGAUAUAAGGCGGCAGGAGGAUAAUGAAGAACCCGAGUGUGUCCAUAAAAAGUAUCAGCGCUAUCUUGAAGAAUCCCGCAAGACAAAACCCAGCAUUUUUAUUGUAGAAUCGAUAAAUAGCAGUGAAUUCAAGCCUUCGGCGGCGUUGCCUAUAAAUUACAGGAAAAAUAUGAAUACCGUUAUUCCUAAAGAAGCCUCACCCAAAGAAAGAAAAAUUCGCAAAACCACCCAGGAAUGGCCAUCCAAUAAGAUAGUUCUGCGUCAUUUACUGCGACGUAAUGGAACUGUAGUUGGGACAUUCAAUCAGAGAAUUCUACGCAAUCGAACUGCUAUGAUCACCAAGCAUCAAAAGGUUAAGGCAAUGAAAAAGAAAGUAAUCCGAAUGCAUUUGAACAAAGGCAAGGAUAAUGUUAAGAAAGAAGAACUAGGAAAAAAGAAAAUCCCUGACAAUCAUAUUAAAAUGGAAAUCACGAAAAAAAAUAAAGCCUCACAGAUUGAUAUCGAGACGAAAAAAGAAAUGCAAUCUUCCUUUUCCCAAGUCGAUGAUGAUGAUCCUGUCCUCUCCCUUUCCAAAAAUACAGAAGUAAACCUACCAAAGGCAAAAGAAACCUGUAAAGCUAUAAUCCAGACUGAUGCCUAUGUCCCACCAUUGCCGAUAACUUUCCUAUCAACACCUUCAGAGCGUUCACCUAAUCCUCUUACACCAGAAAAUGGUCGUGUCAUUUAUGCCUAUUACGAAUUGGAUAUACUAACUAUAGUUCAGGAUUUUAUGGUGACCUUCUGGAAGACGUGCAAACUUAUUGAAGUAGUGGGAAAUACAACAGAGGAAUGGGUUCAACUUGGAGAGUGUAAGAGACUGUUGUAUGAUACCGAAAUUGAUGCUCCUUAUAAAAAUCGCAUUUGUGUUCAUAAUUCAAUUCCAAUUUAUAUGGAGAUGAGAGCUAAAGAAUUACCCCAGCUUAAUAGAGAUUGUGUUUUGAUUUCGGUUUAUGUAAAUGUCUAUUACUAUCAUGAUGAGGAUUUGGUUGCAAAGUCACAUUCAAUACAAUUAGAUACGGUGGCGAGCCACCCCCAAAACGUUGUCUUUACUACAAUAACCGAUUCAAGAUAUUUUGUAAUGUGUUGGUCUCAGGAAACUCAUAUCGGAAAAACCCUGUCGGGAUUGUGCAAAUAUUCUCUAACCCCUCAUCUAGACACCUUGGCCAGUAUUCGUGAAUUCAAAAGUAUGCGACAUGAGAUUCGCUAUCUGGAGUGUACUACUGAUGAUAAUUUAAUUGGAUUUGGUGAUUCUCAAGUGACGCUUUGGGAUCACCGCAGUGGCGAUAUUUUAAUGAACUAUGAUCUCGAUAUGGCAAUUGGCAAUAACGUUGGCUCAUUACACUUUCCACCAUUGGAAGUUGGUCAAGCAAAGACUGUUUUAAUUUUCCAAAAGACAUCCGCGCUGGAACUCUCUAUUAUAGCGAUAAAUGUCUCGCACAAUGCACCUUCGCAUCAACUUGUCUGUAAGCACAUCCUACCACCUGAAUUUGAUAAUCUUAAAACAACAAUGGGCAUUGAUGAUUACACAAUCCUAACCAAUUCAGAGCACCAAGAGUUAUGGAUCGAUCAUUCUGAUCCACAGUAUAUGGUUCAAAUUAAAACACCCGAAGGUCAAAAGAGAUUUUAUUCGCGUUGCAAACAAAAUGUUGUCGUGAUAACGGAAAAUCAUUUAGCUCUUGAGACAUUUAGUAGUUUUGUACUAAAAAUGAGUAAUCUCACUGAUAUAUAAAGGACAGAUGCAAACACAGAGAAUUUAGUCAAACAAAAAAUGACUAUGAACAAUGCGGGAUUGUGUAACGCUUUAUUCAUUUGAAAAAUGAUUUUUUUAAGUUUUACUUUUCUGUUUUCUAUUUUAUUAUAAAACUUAUUGCUUUUACUGAGUAUUCGAACCAUAAAAUUUAAAUUUAAACACAAAUUAAAAAAAGCGAACAAUAAGAAAAUGUUCUCAUUAUAAAAAUAAAUAUAUUUAUAAACAAAAAAAAAAAAACUUAUUAUAAAUUUUAGAAAAGAGAAUUUAGCUGUAAAUUUAAUAUUACUAAUUUAAUGUCAAAGACAUUUAUUACGUUAUAAAAGAAAAAAACAAUGGAAUAAUAAAUAUAAAUAAAAAUGAAUAAAUUUGGAAA